UUGAGCAUUUGUUUGCGUAUGGCUGUUUUCAUGUCGCUUUUUGUUGCUUUAUUGCAAUGGAUGUUACAAGUGAUGCUGGUUGUAGGGAGGCAAGCUGCUGUAAAAGAAAAAGAGCUUCGAAUUCGUGUGAUGAACAAAGGGACCAAGGAGUUUCGAUAACUGUUGUGACUCUUAAUUCGAUUCUGGACGAUAAUUCGCGUUUAUUUGAAUUUCUGAAGAGUUCUGGUGUUCUUGCUGAUAAGUACAUAUGCGCUAGAUGCCUUAAGCCCAUGUCCUGUGUCAAGGUUCCAACAAAAAGAUCUAGUGAUGGGCUCAUGUGGCGCUGCCGAAAAGACAAAGUGUGGAGGUCAAUUCGUAAAGGCACGUGGUUUGAGAAUGCUAGGAUUACCAUUAGAGUUAUUGUUCUGAUGACAUACUGUUUCUGUGUACGCAAGUCUGUUUUAUCUACAAGUCUCUUGGCAGGAGUGAGCGAGACUUCUGUUCUCGACUGGUUUUUAUCAUGUAGGGAAAUUUGUUCAAUGUUGGUAAAGAAGAGAGCAAAAAUUGGAGGCCCAGGAGUUGUAGUUGAGGUGGGCGAAUCGCCAUUUGGAAGUGUUAAGAAUCAUAUGGGAAAGUAUUUACCAGAACUUUGGGUUUGGGGAGCAGUCGUUUGUGGGAAAGAACGUGGCGAACUAGUUUUGAAUGUGGUCGAGAGGAGAGAUGCAAAGAAUUUGCAAUGUCUUAUCGAAGAACACGUCGAGGAUGGGACUGUUAUAUGUUCAGACAAAUGGGAGAGUUACGAGGAUGACGGGGAAGUGGACCUACAGACUUUUGCAGCCGAUCACAAUUACCAGUUUCGGAAUAAAGUGGUUGGUACAAUGGAGCAACAUUGGGACGAAGUAAAAAGAGUUGUUGGGAGAGGGAAGAGGCGCCGCAGUGGUUUGCAAAACCAUUUGGAUGAAUACGUUUGGAGGGAAAGUGUGUUUGGACACAAGUGUGUGUUUAAUUCUUUCUUACAGGGUGUUGGAACACUUUAUGUUCCAUUUGUAGCGGACCCUACAGUGGUAGUAGAAGAUGUUACACCAGUAGUAGAAGACAUUACACCAGUAGUAGAAGAUGCUACAUUAGCAAUAAAGGACCCUACGCCAGCUGCCUGGGGGACUUUACCAACAGCCGUAAAUGAAGACCCUUUGCUGGCUGUGGCAGAUCAAUCCUCACCAGUUGCAGCUGCAGUGAGCAUUACAGUGCAGCCAAAGGAAAGGCCUACGAGGCACAGAAAACGUGUUGUGCGUGAGGAUUUUUGGUAUCCCUCAACCUGUGAUCUUCACAUUGCAUAUCUAGAAGAUUAGCACGAGUUUGUUGUUGAAGGGGUGACGUGGUUGCAGUGCUGUUUAAAUUGAGUAUAUGGUCAAAGACUUACUACAAUUGGUUGGUCUUAAACUGUAUGGAGCAUUUUGUGCGAUGGCUCUUUCCUCGUCUGAACUGUCAGUCUACCAGCAUAAUGAAGACCGGGCAACUUUGUGGAUUCUACAAAAUUGCAUUGACCCUGAAAAAUAAAUUUCACACAUUUUUUCGGAAACAGAAUGACAAGAGAUAGCAAUAAAAAAUAAAUCAGCCUGGGGACUUAACUAAUUAAAUAAAAUCAAUAGAAGCUGUUGAAAUGGGCUGACCUAAGAUGCGUGAACUCCACUUUCAACUGAAAGAGUUUGAAAGACAGAGUGCUAGAUGUGGUUGCCGAUGAGGAAAUAAUGCAGUGUCCUCACCAGAGUCUAGAUUUGAAAGAGGUAACUGAAAAUGGCUUUCACCCAGGAGGAGAGAACUGAAGCCAUUUUGAUGUCUGGAGCGUGGAAUUUCUGUGUCGUAAUGGCAGAUUUUAACAACUGGCACUCAGAAAGACCUCCAGUUUCACACAACACUUUCAGGUGCGCAAUUUUCAAAUUCCGAGAAACUGGGAGUGUAGCUGACGAGGCGCGGUGUGGCCACCUGACGAGACAACUUCGGCAGUGGUUCCGGUGGUCUUCGCGAAGAGCCCGCAGAGCAGCGCGCGAUAUUUGUCGGCAGAAAGUGGAACGAUUCAGUCGUCGAUUGUACAAAUCCUUCGUGCUUAUUAAUGGCAUCCAUUCAAGAUUCAGCUGCCGGAGGGUGAUCCAGUCAGACGUAUGCCAUUCAACAAGAUCCCUCUUCUGCAUGAGGUGUCUCGUUCUGUGACGAGGAAAUACUUUUUGUCAGCCGGGAAGUCGACCGUCGCAACCGUGGAUACCGGAGUGACCGGAACCCACACCGGAUGGAGCCAUUCGAGGCAGUCGGCGAUGUUAAGGUUACGGUGUGAUGUGUGAUGGGGGCUACCUGCGUAACUGGACCCAUUUCCAUUGACCGGAACCUAAAUGCUAAAUGCUACCUGGCAGUGCUGCGAGACGUGGUGUUUCCCUCAGUUCUGAAUGAAGGUGGCAGGGUUCUCUCUUACUUUCGACAGGACGGUGCUCCGCCACACACACGGAACAGGUGUUCGUCAGUACCUAUAUUAUCAAUUUCCCGGGCACUCGACUGGCCGAUGUGGUUCUGUGGAGUGGCCACCCAGAUCGACUGAUCUCAGACCACUCGACCUUUAUCUGCAGGGUCAUUUAAAGCAGGUUGUGUAGUCGGAGGGGGGGGGGGG